AGUGUGGCAGGAGUGGUGGAGAGCCUGAAGAUCAUCACCAAGGCCAAGUCCCUGCGCAUUGCCGAAUACGCCUUCAAGCUGGCCCACGAGACUGGGCGUAAGAAAGUGACUGCUGUGCACAAGGCCAACAUCAUGAAACUGGGUGAUGGGCUUUUCCUCCAGUGCUGCAGGGAGGUGGCAGCUCGCUACCCCCAGAUCACCUUUGAGAACAUGAUUGUGGACAACACCACCAUGCAGCUGGUAUCCUGGCCCCAGCAGUUUGAUGUCAUGGUGAUGCCCAAUCUCUACGGUAACAUUGUCAACAACGUCUGCGCAGGGCUGGUCGGAGGCCCAGGCCUCGUGGCUGGGGCCAACUAUGGCCAUGUAUACGCAGUGUUUGAGACGGCUACAAGGAACACAGGCAAGAGUAUUGCCAACAAGAAUAUUGCUAACCCCACGGCCACACUGCUGGCAAGCUGCAUGAUGCUGGACCACCUAAAGCUCCAUUCCUAUGCCACCUCUAUCCGCAAAGCUGUCUUGGCAUCCAUGGACAACGAAAACAUGCACACCCCAGACAUCGGGGGCCAGGGCACCACAUCCCAGGCCAUCCAGGACAUCAUCCGCCACAUCCGCAUCAUCAAUGGCCAGGCCGUAGAGGCUUGAGCUCUUCCUGGAACCAUCUCAGCCCGUUCCUGGACCCUUAUCACUCUAGCCAGCUUGGUGGGCAGACUGUAGAAUAAAACAGCUUCUUCCU